AGUUGGAAACUCAACCGAACUAGUUGUUGCUUCGUCUGACGGAAAAGCGUUGACAGGCUUAUACAGCAGCUUCACUGUUGUUGUUUUUUUUACUGCUUGAAACAACUCUUUCAUGAUUUUAAAAUGGUUGUUCACGACAUCCAGUUCAUGAAUGUCCUCAAGGGAAAACGCGUCAAACUGACUCUCAAGACUUCGUCCUACCUUGGCGUCGUCCAGCGUAUAAAUCCCAACAAAACGCUGAUUUUGUCAGACGUUGUUAGUGGCAGUAAUGGCUGUAAAUUUCCUGGCUCAAAAAUGUUCUUUGGACAUGAGAUUCUCAACGUGGAAUUUACCAAUGAAGUGAACAGUGACAAUGGAACUAUCAAUGACCACAGACUUGAGGACCACUUGACUGUGGAAAAAUUUCAGCCAUACAGGAAGACAAUCACAAUGGAUGAAGAUGAAGAUGAUGAGGAGUAUAUCAACUUUGUAGUCAUUGAUGAGUUUCAUGAGAAGUUUGGACCUGCUGUGAUGCACAUCAAGAAGCAGUCUGUGAUCAGUGUGGGAGCUGAUGGAGUUGAGAUAUAUCAGCAUGGGAGACUGUGUUGGCUGCAGAUUGCCACUAAAAACAAGGUAUACCUGUUUGAUAUUCUGUUACUCGGAGCUCGGGCCUUUAAGAAUGGUCUUUCCAUGAUCCUGGAAAAUAAGCACAUAUUAAAGGUGAUUCAUGACUGCCGAGCCAUCUCUGGAUGUCUGAUUGCUCAGUUUGGAGUAAAAUUAACCAAUGUCUUUGACAUACAGGUGGCAGAUGUCAUGUGCUUCUACUCAGAGACAGGUGGGUUUCUGCCUGACAGAGUCAGUACUCUGCAGGAAGUGGUGAGUCACCAUCUGAAGGUGCCUUCCUCCCAGCUCUUAUCCCUUCAGAUGAAGUCACAGCUCACCAAGGAGGAAAAGGAGAUGUGGUACAAGCGUCCAUGUCCUGUAACCCUGCUGAAGGUCAUGGCUCUGUCAGUGAUCCACCUGCAGCCUCUCAGACUAGUGCUGCUGGAUGCUCUCAUGACAGACUAUAUGGCCCUGGUGGAUUCAUACCUCAACAGCAGCCACUAUGAACCUGAUGAACUGGAGCAUGUCAGCAUGGAGAGUGUGUUGGAGUUGCCCAGAGAGCUCAGGCAGCUGCAGCAAAUGCACCAUGAGCGUCAGGAGUGGGCCGCUAACCACUACCCUGUCACACAGCACGGUCUGCUUGCUCGCUUCAACCCCCGAGCCAAGUCUCCAUCCCAGACUUCACUUACAGCAGAGGAGGAUAGCCAGAAACAGACAGACUCCUUUGGACCUGUAAAUGUGAAGUCACCUUCAUCAGCACAACUGGAACCUCUCCUCGCUGCAGAGGUCACUAGAGUUUCUUCGGUGGAUGUUCAUGCCUCUCCUGUCCCGCCAGCUCAGGCUCCAGUCACAGCCUCGAUGUCAGACUUUGGGAAACAAAUGCCCCCUGUCAAUCCCUUGUCUGUAGGUGUAGGCAGAGGAUGCACAGAGUUGCUGAUUGACACACUAGGUAGAGGAAGAUCCCUUGGGAAAGACCAGUCAAGCCUACAUUCCUUACCUGCGAUAGGAAGAGGCUUUUUUCUCCAGGUGCCCCCAGCCCAUAACCCCAGAGAGAGCACUGGGGUCAAGAAAAGUCCAGGCAGGGCAGAGAUGACUCCCUCUAGCCCCAGCUUCACACCAUCCCAAAACGUGAACCCCCUGCCUGGCACCAGUGCUACUGACCUGCCCAACGUCACUUCUGGCUUGAGAGGAGACCUUUCUUCACCAACUCCCCAGUCCCUCACAUCUUCACUGAGGCAGUCAUUCAGGUCUUUCAGAUAUUAAAGGAGGAGUCACGAGGCCAUAGAAGGACAUGCCUUACAAAUGUUUGCUGUUCCAGACUUUGUGAUUUCAUAGAGUGACCAGUAGAUGGCAGUAAAUAUUCUGUGUUGUGCAAAGGUUUGUUUGAUACCAGGUGUUUGUGAAAAAUCAUUUAUGUUUGAAAAAAUAAGAGAAUAAGAUUUUGUUGUUCAGACAUUGUAUUCUAGUUUACUUAAAAUAUAUUUGUUUUGUUUUUGACAAAAGGCCUCCUUGUCUCUAUAUUUGCUUGUAUUUUAUGAGCUUUAUGUCUGUAAAUCCUUCUCAUUUUUAUAUUUUUUAGUUUUUGAUUGAGGGAUAAUUGAUUGCACUCUUAAUAGCAACACCCAGAUAAUUGAUACAGUGUUUAUAACUAAUUAUUUUUAUCAUGCUGAAUGUGCUCUGAUAGUACUUCAAAGUGCCAAGAAACAAUAGCUUUGGCUGGUGGGACACAAACUACAACCAAAAACAGCACCGCAUGCCCAUUAAACC